AUGAUUGGAAGACCUCCAAGAACUAGAAAUGAAAGAUAGUAAAAUCCUUAAAUCAGCGAGGAUUAAUUGAAAAUGGAACUUCAAAUGUAAGCAGAAAAUAAAAAGAGAGAAUUAAGAAUGCAGCAACUACAAGAAAAAGAAGAAAAUUUAAAAUAAUUAGAGUAUGCAGGACAAGAUGUUGAAUCAUUUAGAAAUAAGGUAUAUGCAGAAUAUCAGGAUGUUAUUCCACAGUAAUCUAAAGCUGAGUAAGAACGUGCUGCUAGAAUUAAAUUGAGAGAAGAGGAAAGAUUGAGAAGAAAGAAUGGUUUAGGAAGUGCUUAUGAGUAAGAAAAAGAAAGAUUGCCUGUUUAAUUAGAAUAAAAGCUUUUACAAAAUUUGAAUCAGAUAAAUAAUAAUUAAAAUGCAGAUUGGUUAGAUAAGUAAUAAGUUGUUUCAAAUCAGCAAAAUAACAAUUACCAUCAUUAGUAAUAGCCGGUUGCCAAUUAUUAUCCUGAUCAAGUCUAUGGGGGAAGAUAAAUAUAAUAGUCGUAACUUAAUAAUUAAAUUAAGAAUGAUUCAUACAAAUAAUAAGACAAGUAAAGUUAUGAGCCACGUUAUUAACCAUCACCCUAAAUGAAUAAUAAUAGUAAUUAUUAGAAAAAUAAAAUUAAUGAGGCAGCAGAAUAAGAAAGGGAAAAAAAAAGAAAAUAUAAGGAAUAAUUAGAUAUGUAGAUUAGUUAGAAAGGUUAAUAAAAUUAAUAGCAAAUUUAAAACUAAUAGGGAUUGUAAUAAUAUUAGUAAUAGUAAAAUCUUUAGUACUAAUAAUAACAAUAAUAAUAAAAUUAAUAAUAAUAAUACAAACCACAUUCACAAUAAAGUUAAAGAUAACCUUAAGCAGAAGUAGAUUUCUUUUCAAAAUUUGGGUAGCCCUAAUCAUAGUAAGGUUGGAGAUCAUAAUAGUAAUAAUAAUAAAAUUAGGAUAAUGCUGCAUUGCAAAGAAUGAAGUAUAGAGAGGAACUUGAUCGCUAAAUUUAGGAAAAAAAAAAUAGAGAAAUGGAAUAAUAGCAAUUAAAAAAUCAACAAGAUUUUGCCAAAAGGCCAGCCAGUAAUCCAACAAACGUCUUUGAUUUUCCAUAGGAAUAUGAUUAUAGAAAUAAUCCUCCUCCUCAAUCUCCUAAUUAUUAUCAGCCACCAUAAUCUGCACCUACUGAUGAUUAGUCAAAAGGAAGAUUCCUGUAAAGAAGAUUCACUAGUGGAUAACCUGAAGAUCCACAGAAAUAAGCUAUAAAGGAACAAUAUGCAGAAGAAUUAAAAAGAUAAAUGGAGGAAAAAAAAAGAAAGAAAAAGGAAGAGGAUGAGGAAAAUAGAAGAAGGGACGAAUUAGAAUAAUAAUAAUUUUAGUAAUAAGUUAUGCUUGAGAAAAAAAGAUAGGAAGAAUAGGUUAAAUAAAAGUAAGUUGAAUAAUUUGAUUAGUAAGCUUAAUAAAAGGAGGUAGGAAGGAGAGGAAAGUAGAAUAUAUAAAAUGAGCACCCUCAAUAAGAUAUUAUUAAAAAAUCUGCAUUGCAGAUUUUAUCUCCAGAAAGCGAUUUAUAAAGAGAAUAAUUAUCAUCUGUUUAAGAUCAAAGGCAUUAAUAAUAAUAACAAUAAUAACAAUAACAGCAAUAACAAUAAUAACUAUAAUAUAUGCAACCAUAAAUGUAAUAGCCUCAAUAUUAAUAAUAUCCCUAGCUAUAGUAACAUGUUCAAUAAACACCUUAUUAGCAUAAUCGUUGUCAUCCUCCUAUGUCACCUUUGAUGAAUGUUUAUAAUCAAUUUCAUCUAUAGGAUAAUAUAUAACAAUAUUAAUAAGUACUUUUCAAUGAUCAAAACGCACAUCAUCCACAAGCUGUUAUGGUUCAUUAAUAAUACUUGAUGUAGCUCCAACAAAAUAGAUAGGAAAUUGAUUUGGUUAGAUAGAUAUUAGAAGAGAAACUUAGAUUAUAAUAAAUAGAAAUGUAGAAUUAAAUAUUAAUAGAUUAAUACUAAAGAAAAGUAAUGGACAUAUAAAGGGAGUAAAAGUUAUUUGAAUAAGAAAUCAUUAAAUUGUAAGACUUUAUUCAAGGAAAAUAAAAGCGUCCUUUGGACCCAACUGUCUUUGCCUCUAGCGUAUUUUUUAAUGCUCUAGGUAAAAAGGAUAAUCCAAAUUUAUCUCCUCAUUAAUAAUAGUUAGCAAACAUAUAACCAAUCAAAAUAUCUCCUUUCUAAUCCCCUACAGCAAAUUCAUAAGCUUAAUAAUUUUAGAAGUAAUUUAAAUAAUCAGAUAUUUCAUCUUAAUAUUCCCAUUAAUAUUAAGAAGUUAACUAGUUGCAUCCUGAAAAGCAUUUAUAACCUUAUCCAUAAUAAUAAUAAUAAUAAUAAUAAUAAUAAUAAUAACAAUAAUAAUAAUAACAAUAAUAAUAAUAAUAAUAAUAAUAAUAAUAAUAAUAAUAAUAAUAAUAACAACAACAAUAAUAACAAUAAUAUUAGCAAUAAUAAUAAUAAAUAGGAAGAAAAGGACAAAUUUAAUCUCAAUAAUAUAUAAGGUGA